AUGGAUUUGGCUGCUGACUUUAGUCCUUACCGCGCCGAUGGCAAGCUUCACGGCUUCGUCUGUGUUGUAACUGGCGCCGCACAGCCCGUCGGACAGGCCAUUAUUGAAGAGCUGGCAGGUAUGGCCCCAACCAUUGCAUGCGAUUGUAAGGAGUAUACUCAGGGAACGAAUAGCACAUGGUGCCGCUUCUAUAUACGGUAA